CAGGAUUUAAGUUGAUACGGAAGUUUCCUCUGGCAUUCAAAAAAAAAAGAGACCGACAAAAGAGUGAAGAGAGUCAAAUCUCGAAGUUGAGGGCCAUGGCUCGCGGGCAGCAGAAGAUUCAGUCCCAGCAAAAGAACGCCAAGAAGGCAGCAGAGAAGAAGAAAGGCCAGGCCGCUGACCAGAAGACUGCAGCUAAGGCCGCACUGGUCCAUACCUGCCCUGUCUGCCGGACACAGAUGCCUGACCCCAAAACCUUCAAGCAGCACUUUGAGAGCAAACACCCCAAGUCUCCCAUGCCUCCUGAGCUGGUAGAUGUUCAGGCAUGAAGAACUGGUGACUGAACUGGACCUGGAUACACAUUGACCACGGACUAAACGUUGACACGGCGCCUGAAGGAUGUUGAUGACGAACACUGGGACCCGUCUGUAUUCAUGGACAACAUGUGGGGAUGGAGGGGGAGGGUGUGGAUGUGCUGUGUACGUACAUGUGUGUUUGUAGAAGGGGAAACCGUAACAACGGGGCACAAGUAUACCAGCACCCCAUUUUUAUAUUUAUUAUGUACAACUACCUUGUUAUUCCAGAUGGGGGAGGGGCCAACAACAUCGCCUGCUUACACUGAAUACAAUUAUCUUGUGACUAAUGAGUGGGAGACAUGAAAAAGCUACAAUGGGAAGUUAAUACAAAUAUUUUUGAUGUAUGGCUAGCUAACAGCUGGUUGUACUUCGUUAAACAGAGGAAUACAUCACUCAUGCACAAUGGAUGUGGCACUGCUGUUGGGUUAAACUCCGGUUAUGUUCCCUUCGCUUGAGCAGAGGGUAUUUGCAUUUUGUCAUCAGUGCAUACUCUCCCUAGAAAGUAAAAAUUAAAGAGUUUUCAUGACCAUUAGCGUCUUAAAAUGACAAAAAUCCCUUUGUGUAAUUUCAGAAUUUAUGGUUGUUGAUGAUAAAAUGCAGAAUAUGACUUCCUCAAACUAUUUUUGGAGAUUGAUGUAUUUUGUCAAACAAGAGAGACUCUACAGCUACGCCUCCUCUGUGCUGCUGCUCCACAGGUGUCCGCACUCAAUAACACCUCACAACAGUACCUCACGUUAAACCACACAGCAAGUCUCAUACUAUGUUCUUUUUUGUUCCCCCAAAUCCUUCUACUUCAGCUCAUUUCUGUGUCGUCGGCCACAUUUCCCAACACAAUCUUGGCAAUAACAUCAUCUUUAUCCCACUUACAGUUAAACCGCAACGAAGAUUUGUUUUGAAAACCAAGCGCUAACAUUAUUUUGGCUAAACUUCCUCUAACAUAUACACAGCUCUCUGCUCAUUUAUACUUUCAGCUGUUGUCAGUUUGGUUGUUCAUUGAUUGAAGAAACUGUAAGUUGCCUAAAGGACUGAGCGUUAAAGAAAUUUGUUCAUUAACUGCCAAAAUGAAUCCCUGUUUUAGUUUCUAAAUAUAUUCACUUGCUGGCAAAACUUCACUAAUUUGCUUUUGCUGUACUUUUUUUUCUUUUUUUUUUUUUUCUUCAAUAAAUUGAACAAUGUAUUUAAAGGUG